AUUUCGUGUAGAACCACAUCCGAGUCCCUUUCGGGCCCCGUCUCUCAAAGUGAAUGCAGUCUGCAGCAAAUAUAAUGACCGCCUAGCGGAGUUCUUUGUGAUAUCUCGUCCUCCUCUAACCAACAUCCCACCCACCUUCACUUCUAUCACAACAUGGGCUUAUCAUUUGUGCUUGUCGUCCUGUCAGUUCUUAGCUCGGCGAACGCGCACCCCACGCUACAAGAUAAUUCUAUCCUUCCCUAUGUACCUAGUGCUGUGGCAGCAGUCAUCUUUGGCACCGUAUACGUUAUAUUCGGUUGCACAUUCCUUUUCCACAUUUUUCGCACAAAGUCUUGGUGGUCGUUGUGUUUGCCUAUCGGCGCCAUCAUUUCUUCAGCGGGAUACUUCUUGCGCAUCGUCGUCCGCCAAGAUCAAAACCAGCACUCACUCGGGCUGUUCAUCCCAAUGCAUGUACCCUCGGCCACCGCAAACAUCAAGGAGACGAUUUCUGACCACCCCCUCUAUCAUUCUAGGAACCUUUCAAUUGUUCUUAGUCCUUGCGCUUUUCUCGCGUUUAAUUACAUUGUUUACGGCCAUCUCAUCGUUGCGGUCGAUGGAUUGCUCGCUGGAAAACGAGGACGGAAGGCAAAAUCAGAUUACUCCUAUAUUCCUCCUCGUCUCGUCAAGCAUGUGUUCGUCUGGAGCGAUGUCACCACUUUCUUGAUACAAUCAUUCGGUGGCUCGAUGGAGGCGUCACACACAACUUAUAACCUUGGUUCCAAAAUCUUCUUAAUUGGUAUCAUCCUCCAAUUCCUAUCUUACUUGUUUUUCCUCUCCAUGGUCACCCUCGCGCACCGGAAGUUACUCGAGAAGCCUGUGGAUGCGACGUUCCCUGAUGGUGGAUGGAGUCACCCAACGAAGCGUCUCUUCUAUACCCUCUACUACUCCAGUGUCUUGAUCUGUGUUCGUAACGCCUAUCGUAUGGUAGAGUUGGCUCUUGGAUGGAACGGCGUUCUCUGGAAGAACGAAGUUUUUUUCCUUACAUUGGACGCUGUACCGCUCAUCCUAGCCAUUGGCAUCUACAUGUUCGUUUGGCCCAGCAUCCUUCUAGACCAGACUCAGGCUCUUUCAAGGGUCGCACCCCGCCCAGACUAUCCCAUGGCUCAGUCAGGCCUGGCCCGCACACUCAACGCCUAGCAUCACUAAUAUCUGACAUAUUGGGUCAGCACCAGACGUUGUGUGGGGCAUUUUUCUACAGAGGCUUCAAUGAACCACAUAUCCUUAAUUAUUUCAUUG